CGCAGCCUCGUUGUCUGGCUGUGAACUCUCACCCCAGCUGCUUGGGAAAUGUCAUACAGGCAGAGGCCCGUGCUGCAGUAGGGGGGCGUAAUAGGAGGGAAAAAAAUAACAACAUUUUUUUUUUUUUUUUUUUUUUUUAUUAACCGCUUUCGCUGCAUCUUUUAUUCGCGUAUCCGCCGUGCAAGUGCCACAUCCCGCUACCAGCAGCAGCCGCCGAUAACUCACCGCAGCCUCGGUGCUUAUUUUGCAUUAUUAGGGCUAAUAUAUGAGGGGAAAAAAAUCCGUGCCAGACAUGGGGAAGAACAUUAACCUUCUCUCAGAGAUGUCCGUCCAGCGAACCGACUGGCUUGUGACGCUGAUGCCCAGCAGAAGAUCCUGGGAUUGAGACGUGAAUCCCUUCACACUGAUGGCCUGGACUGAGUUUCAGCUGGCCUGCUGAAGCUAUGGGGAGCUGUUGGAGCUGUCUGUACAGAGACCCCAUCCGAGACAACCAUCUCACCAAAUUUAAGGUCACCAAUGUGGAUGAUGAAGGUAAUGAGCUUGGCUCUGGGAUCAUGGAGCUCACCCAGACCGAGCUCAUCCUUCACACCCGCAAGAGAGACGCCAUCCGGUGGCCGUAUCUCUGCCUGCGUCGCUACGGCUACGACUCCAACCUGUUUUCUUUCGAGAGCGGCCGACGCUGUCAGACUGGGCAGGGAAUCUUUGCAUUCAAGUGUUCCCGGGCAGAGGAAAUCUUCAAUCUGCUCCAGGAGCUGAUGCAAUGUAACAGCAUCAACGUGGUGGAAGAGUCGAUGAUGAUGAGUCGCAGCGGCCACACACCAGAGAUGGACAUGUCUCGCACACCACAGACUCCCAACACUCCAGCAUUUCCUGUCCAGGCUUUUCCCAAUGGAUACCCUGGAUAUCCAAUCAGAGGUGAUUCCUCCCAACCCUCUCUCGCAGAUGAUCAUGGACAUAGCCUCAUGGGUUUGGAGGACCAGACCCACACCUAUGUAAAUACUGUGAGUAUGGAGGGAGAUCUGUCUAUGCGCCACUGUGUGCACUCUCUACCUGAGGUUCGGCCCAGCACUUUCCCUGAAACAAGGGGAGCCAUGCCUGUCGGUGGCCAAGGGCAUCCACAGUCCAACCUGAGGUGCUGUCCCCUCGACGAGCAUAAAGACCCUCAGGUGUUCUUGCAGCCGUCGUCGCAGGAGGUCAAAUUCAUGCUGGGCCCGACCCCGGCACAACGCCAUCUACUGGAGAGAGAGAGGGAGAGGCAUGGGCACAAUCCACACAGCCUUCAGCCAGUAGAGGGAGCAGCAGGGUCAGAGACGGAAGGAGACGAACCCUCUAUGCACUUGUGCAACUCUCACUCCUACCAUCAUUUCCAUCACCACUCACACCGGCACCUGGGCCUCGACCACCCGGACGGCUGCCAGAGCGGUGAGCUCACAUACGAGAACAUCAACGGGCUUCGGGGCGUCCGGAAGCAGCGUCUGAGUCCCAGCAGCGUGUCGCAGUCUGUGGGUUCAAGCAGCAGCAGCAGCACCGGGGACAGUCACUCCCACUCCCUCAUGCACUCCCACCCCCACGGCCCAUCGUCUCUUCCCCCGCAGGGCUACGCCUGUGAGAGGGGCAUGGGUGGAGGGCAUCGUCGGACAGCUCUGCUCAACUACGAGAACCUACCCUCUCUGCCCCCGGUGUGGGAGUACAGGGCUCUGCAGCGGGAUGAUGAGCAAGAGGAGGAAGAUGACGAUCAGGACGAAGAGGACUAUGAAGAGGAGGAGGAAGACUUUGAUGAGUAUGAGUUCUCAGAGGGUCCUGGGACACCCAACGGGUACCACCAGGACAGCCGGGGCAUCCACAGAGAUGCCCUGCAGAACUAUGUAAACACAGAGCAGGUCCAGCCUCCCCGGCUUCGACACGCUUGUCCCCCGCAUCCACGGCCGUGUCAGGCAGACAGAGGGGGGCGAAUAUUUAGCUUUGAUUUCCGCAGACGAUCAAGGUCGGGGGUUGGGGGCUGUGAGCACAGCCACAUGCCUCCGUCGCGGCAGCUGAAUUACAUCCAGGUGGACCUGGAGGGAGAACCUCCCUGCCAAGGCCUCAGCAGCGGGGGUGCCCAGACCCAACCACAGCACCAGCGCCUACCACCCAAAAAAUGUGGUCCGCAGGCACCCCGGCGCAGUGAAUGCUACGCUGUCAUCGACCUAAAGAAGACCGCUGCCAUGUCCAACCUGCAGAAAGCUCUGCCCAGGGAUGAUGGGACUUCCAGAAAGACUCGACACAACAGCACAGACCUGCCUCUGUAAAAUGGUGUUCAAACUGAAGAGGAGCGAUGAAGACAGAUGAAGGCUUAUCCUCAUCUUAGCACACUGGACCCUUCACUGUCAUCCAUCCAUUCAACUGUCGGGCUGACUAAUACAGUACAGGUACCUAAUUAGAAACUUACUGAAACCUAUCUGUGCAUAUAAAAGGAAAUGAGAAAUCUCUGAGGAGAAUUUGCCAUUUUAUUCUGUGUUAUUUAUCUGAUAUUUGGUGUGAAGCUCUCUUGCGAAAUGUGUGGUUUUUACUGCAAAUACCGUUUGCUGGAUAUAUGGAUAUUUAUAUGGAAGCAUAAAGUCUCAUAUAUACAUCUGUACAUAUUUGUGACUCUAUGCUCGGUUACAGAGAGGAGAGACCUCUGUUUUCAGUGGAAGCAGUCAUUGCCAUACUGUAUUAGCAAAUUGUAAUUCUCAAACACAUCUACUCUCACAAAUCUUGUUGCUCCUAUCAUUUACUUACAUCAACGUGAUAUUUUUACUUAAAUACUGAGCGUCAUCACGGAAGACGUAGAGCAGUUGGUUAAUGGUUCCUCCCAGAUACUGGCCAAUAGUCAUACCUCAUCACAAGCACUUAAGUCUAACGUUGUGGCUAGUAGAAGAGACCAUUAUUUGUUACUGUAUGCCUAUAGAGCAUUUUGCACACAAUCCUAUGGAAUUGUAUUGUAUCAUAUUUUCGGAAUUGUUUCGUCCAAUCCAAGCUGGAACUAAAUGAGCAGAUUUGGGCUAUUUGGAGAAUUAUACUAAACCGAGUGAUGGUAAAAGUAGCACACAUGGAUUUCAAUGAGCUCUGGCUCCCUCUUAUCAACAUGCAGCAAUUGAAAACGUAGCAUAUCAUCUUCACCUCCUGCGUAUCAUCACAGACCUGCAGGAGGUUUUCACGCUUGUCACGUUGCACUUUUGACCCUGUGCCACUAAACGCUCGUUCGUCACCACUCCUGCGCCACUGGAGCCGCAGGUUACAUCGUUUUACCAAAAAACGGGGCCAAAUAUUUCGUGGACAUUUAUUAGACAGCAUUGUAGAUAGGGUUUAUUUAAAUGUUCCUGACAGAGACAUGGAAAACCUCAAAUAGUGGCAUUAAGCUAUAACCUCACACGAAAUGUGCUGAAUCUGUAAUUUGUCAGUUAUCAGGUGUGAAUGGUCUGUUUAAAGGGUAAUCAAGUAUGUCGCAAACACAAGUGAAGAAUUUUAUUUUGUGAGGCUAUUUAUCAACCUUCUAAGUCAGAUAUUUAUUUAUUUAUUUCAUUUUUAUUUAUUCAAUCUUUUUUCUUUUUAAAAAAAUGUAUUAAUUCUGUUUUCCAUGUGAUGACCAGCGUUUUGUAGUCCAGUCGGUAAUAUGGAGACCAAAGUUUCACCUCAAAUUAUCACUGGACACCGGUGUGUUACUGUUAUAACUGUGCUUAAUUAUAUUUUAAAGAAAAGAAAGACUGUAUUUAUAUUUUAAGUGCCAAAAUUUAAUUGCAAACUGUACGAUGAUGAAUAAAAUCAAACGUGCCAUUAGGAUUUGUAGAGAACUAUAGGACAGGAAGACAUGAGAUGGUAACAGUCGGGGGACAAACUUUAAAAAAAAAAAAAAAAAGAAAUCCAGCUUUUUAAGGAUGAUACAAACUAAAAUAAUAAAAACUGCACAUUCCACCUCAUCCACAUCGACAGCCAUUUCGGAGGGAGAUGGAAGAGUGGUGAUCUUGUAGUCUGAUAGUCACUGUCAGGGUGGUUUUAUGCUGCUACAUGUACAUACUAACAGUAGCCCAUGUAAGCUACAGGUUAUUAUCAAAGUGAAAAAUGAUGUGAUGUCAGAUCUCUUACCAUGUUGUUAAUAGAAGUAGCAUUGUUGUGUUCCUCUGAGAUUAUUUCCGAGCAGUAGAAAUGUCACAUACCAUUUCAGAGAAUGUUCCAUUCGGCCAAAACUUCAUUUCAUCAAGAUUGUUUUGUUUUAGUUUGGUUUGUUUUUUUGGACUAGCUGGCUGUCUGGCAGGAGCAGUAAUGGAAGCACAGGCCCACUGAUGCGUUACCUUUUUGUUGAGAGCUCACAUCAGGUUGAUGUUUUCAUCUGACUGAGGAAGGCCAAAUGUUCUAGAUUUACACAUGUGCAGGCCUUCAAAUGCAGAUGUAACAUGGCAUUUAGCUGAAGUUGACCUUUUUUAUAGAAACGGAGACCAACACCAAACACAAAUGCGGAUUCUUAGCUUCUGGAAUGGAGGGUUUCUUUGGCUUCUGUGUAACAUAAUUAGAAUCGCUGGAGCAGAGAGAAAAUCAUCUCAUAAAAAUGAGGAUUUUAAGUUUGGAAUGGAGUGUAGAUCACCAUUAUCCAACUGAGCCACGAAACAGCACAGACAGAAAUUAUUUAGAUGUAGCUGAAACUAAACAAAGAGCCAAACUUUUUAUAUUUCAGUUCCUAUUUCAGAUGUUUUUUUAAUUUAUUUAGAUUAAUAUAGAACAACGAUGAGCAGUUUUUGCUUUAUAAAUGAUCUGUAUAGCAUUAUAAAGAUCAUUUUGGCAUUACAUGGGUCCUAAAUAAACUAUUGUUCUUCAUAUUUUCAGGUAUUUGGUGAAAAACGUUUUGCAUUCUGUGACUUUUGUGAUAAGUCUGGCAUUUGAAAUUGAAAACAUUUAGUCAUUAAAAUGCCAUUAAGUCACAAAGAAUGCCUCCAAGAAAUGGAUGAGUUUUUGCCCAUGAUGUGCCCAUCAAAUCUGACUGCUUGUUGAACAGAAGACAUUGAAAGUCCAUACAUAUUCAGUUUCUCUAAAUACGCAGUGAAAAGCAGUAAAUGCUCACUUAUGAGACACUGUAAUCAGCAAAAGUUUGGUGAUUUUGCUUUAAAAAUUAUGGCAAAUGAUUGUUUUAGUUAUCAGGAUUGUCAGUUCUUCAGUUAAUUGAUGUUUGAAAAUUUUAAAGCAAUAUAUUAUUAGCAUGUUAAUUUUAUAGUUGAUAAAGAGGGUUUUUUUGUCACUGUUUUUUAAUCACUUAUUUCAUUAUUAAUUAAUCUGGCUGUCUUUGUUAAUUAUUUGCUUAAGGGUGGAGUAUGUGAUUCCAAUCCAAUACAUAGUUUGGCAGAUUCAUUGAAUAUCUUCUCACAGUUCACUCACUAACUAAAUCCAGUGUUCGUACACAUUCCUUCAAUCUUUCUCCACAAUUCCAGACUUCAUCUUUGCAUUUUGGAUCUGCUGAAAAGAAGUUAAAAAAAAAGAGAAAUAAUGACAAAUGCAUCACCAUUUUCUCAGAUUUUUUCUUACCAAACCCUCCAAACGUUCAAUUUAAUGUAAUGAAAUUCAUACAAAUAGUUGAUUAGUUCAGUUUUGGAUGCACAUUCACAGCACAGAAGCUUAAAAAUCCCUCAAUCAAAGGUUAAGAAUUAGUAAUUAAACUUUUUUUUUUUAAAUGAAAAAAUGAAAGUUCUAUAAAAAGGCCAACUUGUCGUUUCUGACUGUAUUCAAAGCAAAGAAAUUUUAGAAAGGAGGGAUGUUUACAUUUUUGCAAUAAUAGGUGAAUUCUUGUUUUGUCGAUCCAAAUCGGACCAAUAUGUGAAGUGUGAAAUUUAAAUAGUAGUCUCUAGAGCUGUGGGCUUACUGUAUUUAAUCACCUGUUCUUCUGUGAAUCAGCAGUCUUAUUAUUUCAGGUACAAUGUUUACUUUUCAUAGAGCGGAUUUAACUAUGGAAGUACAAAAGAAAAAAAAAAGAGAUGAUGCCUGUUUUCUUGAUUGUCAGUUACCUCUCAUUAACAGUGCCAUACAGUAGGUGACCAUUGCCAGUACUUCAAUUUUAUUGUUUGAUAUUUUUCCAAGCAGUGGCGAUGUAUCAUAUAAGGAAUCAGCAAGUGGUUCAUCUAAUUUCUCCGAAUAUUGUUACAUGUGAUUUUAUGGUCAUUUAUUUAAAAAAAAAAAGAAAAAAGUCCAUGUUGAAAUGUGUUUAACUAUCUUUGUUCUGAUACGGUGACCUCAUCACCAUCCAGACCAGUUCUUACAGCAUCAUUUCCACCUGUGCUUACCUGUGUUUAAUGAUUAAUAAGCAAAAUAAAUAUUGAUUAAGUGAUUGUUUUUCAGAUCUUUCAACCCUCAAGCGCUAACGUUAAAUUGCUGCACUUGAGUUUGAACAAAGUGCAGCUCCCACCUCAUUAUUCAUUAUUAUAGGUCUAGUCUCGAUGCUAUCUCAGGCAUUUGACUUUCAUUAGCUUCAGUGUUUAUGCUCGAGGCGCGAUUCACACAGGUGUCAAAAAGGAUGUUAAGAGGUUCUUACCGGUACAAUUGUCUCUGCUGGUGUAAUUUGCAGGACAAGACACCACAAGUCGAGAUAAUGAUGUGUCAUUAGGUACCCCGAACUUAAUUUAUUGAAGCGGUUUUUCAGCAAAAGGGCUCGCUCCGUGUUUACUGUACAAAUGUGAGCGCAUAUCUGUGACCAUUUGAAGAAAUUUCUCAUUGUGCCUUGCAUAUUCAAGCUGGAGAAAUGUUUUCACUGCUGUUUAUGAGGGCAGCCUGUUAGAAAAAAAUCUAAAAAAAAUCAGCACCUGUUGACGGUUUAAAGACUGACGGGAAUGAAAGGGGCUUUGGUGAAAGUGAUUUCACCCUUAUGGUUGCUGUAAUUUGAAAAUGUGCAAAUUCCUGAUUGUUGUAAAACGUUCUGUCUUUAAAAUGAUGUUUGUUAAAGCUUGGCAUUUUGGGAUGUGUCGCUUUCUUGCUGAGAUUUUAGAUCGAUGCCACUCUCGUGUCUGCAGCCAGCAGCUGGUUAGCUUCGCUGAGCGAACAGACUGGAAACUGGGGAAGCAGUUUGAAAGCUCACUGAUGGAGAUUCUGGGUCUGUUCCAGUGCCUGCAUGGCAGAAUUACCAAGUUCAAGUGCCCAAUUGUGUAUACUUUGAGGCUUGAUCAAUAGCUUGUACAAAUACUGGCACAAUCCAGGCAUUGCAACAGUUUUACAGAUACAGUCAGAUCAUUUAGGGAGCACUGCAUACAAUUAAGAAAGCAAGGACAUUGAGUUACCUCCAGGCACGUAGGUCUACUGUGCACAACAGAUGUGAAGUGGUUUUAUGUCAGAUAAAACAUUUAGAUAUGGAACGCAAAGUCUUUGUUCAUCAGGAUAUAUCUAAUGUUUAUGAUGACAGUUUCACAUGAGCAGCGUUAACGUUAAGUGCACUGUGGUACAACUGAGACACAGUACACUCAGUACAUAAGAUCACGACUGUGGGUACUGUUUGAUCUCAGUUGUUUUAUCUGGAUGAAAACCAAAGUGCUAGAACAACAUGUUGGGAUUUUAGAGGAGGUUCCUGUGACAGUGUUUGUUGUGCAACCAGAUCCAUAGAAAGUCACUUUCUAUGAACAUGAGGUUGUCUAGCACUCAGCCUCCUGAAAACAGUGAUUUAUUUUUUCAUUUUUCAUUUUUUUGCAUACAUUAGCUAAAAAAAAAGGAUAGAGUGGGUUAAUUAAAAUCCAAAUUAUUGAGCUUCACAGGAGCUGAUAGGCAGAUUUUCUGAAUGUGUCCACCAGUUUCCAGUCUCAAACUAAGCCAACAGUCACUGUGCUGCUGCUUUGCUGCUUUAUUUAGACACGAGGGUGGUGUUGUAAUAUUCUUUGAUUUCAACAAGAAGGCGAUUAAGCCUGUUUCUUAAAAUGUGGAAGUAUUCCUUCAAGUUGUAGAAUUCAAAACUGAAUGAAUCUGAUUAUUUUGUGACCACAUGAGACCGAAUAUCAUCUUAACAAUGUGUUCAGCAGUGAAACAGCCAAACUCAGUGUGACCGCAAAGGUGUGAAUCGCGACUAGUAUGCUGUGUAGCGUACAUUGUUGAUUAUGAGUAAGGUUAGUGUUUUUGUCAUGAAACUGUCAUGUGACGAUGCUGAACUCCACAGCAAUCUGAUCUCUCAUCAGCUGCCAUUUCUUCUCAUAGUGCUGAAGAAUGUGGAAAUAAAACUCUUUUCCGAGGUCUG